GCCCACUGCUCUGCUCUGUCUCCAUUCAAGCCAAGAUGAGCUACGGAUCUGAAGCCUUCUCCUCCUCCUCCUCCUCCUACAGGAAGAUUUUCGGGGAUUCUCCCCGUUAUGCCUCCUCUCCAUCACGGACACCGAUGAACGUGUCCUCCCGGGGAGGUUACCGGUCCUCCUCGGUAUCCCGGAGCAACAUUUCACCCGUCGGCGCGUACAACAGAAAGUCCGGCCGCCUCAUGCCACUGGAGACCUUCGACCUGACGCAGAGCAGCGUCCUCAACAACGAGUUCAAAAUUGUCCGCACCAAUGAGAAGGAACAAAUGCAGGGUCUCAAUGACCGCUUCGCGGUGUUCAUCGACAAAGUGCGCAACUUGGAGCAGCACAACAAAGUGUUGGAGACGGAGUUGAGCGCCCUGCGCCAGCGGCAGGCGGAGCCGUCCCGCCUGGCCGAGCUCUACCAACAGGAGAUCCGUGAACUGCGCUCGCAGCUCGAAGAGCUGAACGGGGAGAAGUCCCAGCUCGUCAUCGAGAGGGAUAGCAUUGAAGACGACCUGCAGAAGUUAAGGGCUAAAUACGAAGAGGAGUACCGUGCAAGGGAGGACGCGGAGGUCACCCUCAAGGCCUUUAAGAAGGAUGUGGACGACGCCACCAUGGUGCGCCUGGACUUGGAGAAGAAGGUGGAAUCUCUGCUGGACGAGAUCAACUUCCUCAGGAAGGUGCACGAGGAGGAGGUGGUCGAGCUGACGGAAAUGAUCCACGCCGCCCAGGUGUCCGUGGAGAUGGAGGUGUCCAAGCCGGAUCUCACCUCGGCCCUCAAGGAGAUUCGAGGCCAAUACGAGUCCAUGGCGUCCAAGAACCUGCACUCCGCCGAGGAGUGGUACAAGACCAAGUUCGCCGACCUCUCCGAUCAGGCCACCCGGAGCAACGAUGCCAUCCGCGCCAGCAGGGAGGAACUGAGCGAGUUCAGGAGGCAGUUGCAAUCGAAGACGAUUGAGACGGAGAGUCUGAGGGGAACCAACGAGUCUCUGGAAAAGCAGCUCCGGGAGAUGGAGGAGAGGCACAACAUGGAGAUCGGAAAUUACCAGGACAACAUGCUGGAGCUGGAGAAUGACCUGAGGGCCACUAAGAGUGAGAUGGCUUGUCAUCUGAGGGAAUACCAGGACCUGCUGAAUGUCAAGAUGGCACUGGAUAUUGAAAUUGCAGCUUACAGAAAACUACUGGAAGGGGAGGAGACCCGCAUCGGGACAGGGAUAGGCUAUCCUGGCUCCUCCAUGAGCGCAGGCCUCGGGCAAGGCUACAACUACCAGAGCCGUAUAUACACCAGCCCCAGCAAGGGCUACAAGAGGGAGGCAAAGGACGAGGACCAGCAGCAGCAGAGCAAGUCCGGAGCCAAGGUGUCCCAGCGUGAAGUUUACGAGGAGACCGUGGUCACCACCACCAAGAAGAUGGAGAAGCAGCAAGACCCCAGCGACAUUUCAACCAGUCAGAAAAUCUAAGGGCCUCCUGUAAGCUUAUUCUUCACAUUUUACCCUGCAAACCCAUAUCACUUUUCAUUUCCCAAGCUAAAAUAAACCCUGAGCCUUUACAUUCCAACACUUGUGGGGAUCUCAGAGGAUGGCUUUGCCCCCUUAUGAUAAGCAUAAGAUCAUCCUGGUUUCCAUCCGCACUGUUGAGUUUGGGAUCUAUAUGUUGGUUUUACGUGUUGUUUUCUCUCUCUGUCCUUUAUCCCCCACAUGUGAUCCUCAAAGGAAAUCAAUGGUAACUCUUCUGUAACCACCACUCUACACAAAAACCAACAGUACAUCAGUGCUCUGUCUUUCUCCUUCACACACUCAACAUCAAACAAUAACCAGCACUUAUCGUAGGUAACAUCUCUUACAGAAGCACGGCCCUUCAAAAUACACCAAUAGGCUGGUGUGUCACACUUUGGGCUGAUGUUACUUUAAUAUGUGAUACUUACAGACGUAAAUAAUGGACUGGUCAUCCACUACCACCACAAACUGUGAAGUACUCUCAACACAUUCCAAUGAAAGCAUGCGUGUGCAUCCACUUAUACGAAACAACAAUUCAAUGAGGAAGCACACAGUCUACAGCCAAGAUGAACAUGUUUCAUGACAGUAUGUUAAGCCAUUAGAGAAUUGAAAAAAAGCAAAUGCAUUAAUCGAGCAUAAUUUGCAUGGUGUAUGUAGAUGUCAUGCUUGCAUGGAAUCCGUCGGCCCAUUGCUCAUUUGACACCAUCUACCGUGCUGAGCAUCAUCAUGCACAACACUCAUAAAUAACAUUAAUAGACAUACUUGUAAGCAUAAAGGAUGUGAUUUGAGUAGAACUCCAUGCUAUGAAGAUAAUAAUAAAAAAAAGUUCCACUUUAAUGCACUUAUGUAAGAAUGUCACAACAGCCAAAUUUGGUAAACAGUUUGCACAAUAUGCUACGAGGGAUACGGGGAAAGGGGAAGCAAAGAUGGUGCAAAGGAGGGAAACGCUGCUACACCACAACUUUGAAACAACUUUCAUUUUCGCUUUAUAACCGCGGCUGGACAAAAUGUCUGCUGUACCUCCCCACUAGAAAUCCCGCGGUAUGAGUGUCUUGUAGCUUGUUUUUGUUCUCUGCUUGUGUUUUGCAAACUCGAGCACAACUUAUUCUCCUGCUGCUGAUCACGCCGACCCUCACCCUGACAAACCGCACAUGCGUUGAAAACAAAAAACUACGGCACACUGGUGUGGAUUGGGUUCCUGUUGUUAUACUCGAGGCUUGCGAUAGUGUGUCAGUGCUGUAGUGAGUGUUUCUGUGUCUCUACACAGUGGCCUAUCAUAAUUAUGUAGAGGGCAGCGAACCUGAAAGUUGGGCAUUUUGUUUGAAUCAGUGGAUUCCAGUGUAAAGCAGAAUAAAUGUACGAGAAGUUUAAAUGUAAGCUGCAUUUUGUAAUACACAGCUGUAACAGUGGGUGAAUGGUUCUUCUUCCUUUCUUCUUUAUCUUUAAACUGUAGACCAAAACCGCCAUUCAUUUGUGUCUGAAGAGGUAGAGUUCACUCUUACUGCACUGCCAAACUUUUCUAAGUGCACAUGCAACAUCCCUUCAGGGGAAAAAAACUUUAAGCAUUUCUUCUGAAAACCCGGUUUGUCACAAAUAUAAAAUACACCAAUCAAGGUUUAGCCACAGAACAAAUAACCAUAGGAUGUAAAAUGCCUUAAAACACCAGCAGCUUUCUUUCUGGCCAUGUGCGUGAUGUGUAUGAUUAUGUUCAGUGGAAUGUGUAAGCAUUAUUAUAUCUUUAUUAGACAACAAAGGCAUAGGAAUUGAAUGUGGUUUACAUGCUAUUCUGUUUGAUGUUAUUCUCAUGUAUUGCUGUAUGACACCAUAUAAUAAAAACUCAAUAAAGACAUGAAAUUACUGAGGCUA